AUGGCGAAGACUAUAUGGGAUUACAUUCGUGAGGCCUGCGAGCAGUGUAACAUCAGCAUUCCAAGUGACGGGCUCCCCUUCACUAACAACCAAGAUGUAAAAUCUUCCAUCAUUGACGCUGAAGGCAGAAACCGAGUUAUGUUAUUUCCGGGCGCAUUUAAUCCCGCCCACGAGGGCCAUUUGCAACUUCUGCAAAGCGUUCUCAACGACAUGAAGAAGCAUCUCGACAUUAGGGGAGUCGUCAUCUUCCCCCACGAUGACGAGCAAAUUCGCGACAAGACAAGGGAAGAGCCAGCGGACCUCGGUUUAGACAAAUCCAAGCGCUCGGCGCUUUGGCGAAAUGCUGCCGGGUUCCCUGCAGACAACGCAUGGAUAUUCACAGAGUCGCGCUCGGCCCUAACAAGAUUCCAGGAACAAUUGCAGGGUAAUCUGAGAAAAGAGAAUGUCAACCUGACGUUUUUACUCUUAGUCGGCUCAGACUGGAUAAGCACUCGGGCAGUUUACGAUCCCGGCCAGUGGAAUUGCAGCGAGACGAUUACCUCGGACGCGUCUCGGCCUGUGGAUUUCCGGUGCGAGUAUACGCUUCGACAGAUACCGGGCUGCUUCGAUUGGGUCCAAAUGGUUUUUGCCGAGUCGACGACUUAUUUUCCGUGGGAUUCUUUUCAAACACCAUACGGACCUCACAUGGUGGAAGGCGUCAGUCUAUGGUCGACAUCGACAGUUAGCCCACCGAUUCGGCGAUACUACCUGGUGCCUUGCCUGCGUGCAUGUUCUCCCGGUACGCCGUGUCCAAGCUCUACGAGUAUCCGUCAAAGGAUAUUCGAGGCCUGUGCCGAACGCCUCCCCAUAGAUGAGGCUGUUUUGGCAACGGCUUUGUCGCCAGAUAUUCUGCUGGGAUAUAUUCAGGGAAAUGUGCCAUCUUUUCAUGAAGAGGGGGCGAGGGGUGAGGAGUCUUAG